GUCAUGACGUGGUUGAACGUAUUCGGGGUGCUCGUGUGCUGUUUCGUGAUUUCAACGCAGGGUUUCUUGUUCAACCGUUGCAGCGGGGAUGGCGACUGUGACGAUGAUCAGUGUUGUGUCAUCUACUCUUUCUGGUCCUACUGCGAGUCCAAGGCUGGUCUUUGGGACGACUGUGAACUACAACCAUCAAAGAACACGUGUUCUUGCAAAAAUGGAUUGACCUGUAUGACUUCAGGAUCAGCGUCCAAGGCAUUAUGCAUGUUCGCUCCCAUACCAACUGAUGGACCCGACACGGGAUCCGGUGCGAGCCCACUCUAUACAUUCUAGAUACCUGUCGCCAGCAUCCUUCUUGCUCGCGGAAGCAAUGAAAAGAAGUAAAACCUAGUUGUCAAAGAUUAAACUGAGACCGUGCAGUAUUCAUCUUACUGUAUUAACUGACUAUACAUCCAAGAAUGUACAUGAAUAGUCCUACCCUGCCGAAGGACUCCACCGGUCUUCGGUAAAAUUUCCAAUAAUGCAAAUGUAAAUCAUGUACCUUGUUUUCUCAUUAGGACCAGGUACUUUUUCAGCUAAUUGUACACCGUGACUUGUACGUUGGCACCAUCAUUGUAAUUCGGAGGUGAAAUUUGUAAUAUGACGCAAUUGAAAAUAAAAAGUUG